UCUGAUGGCUGUCAGGUACCCUGACCACAAAGUCAUAGAGCGUGGGAUACAAGUUUUGAUUGACAAGCAGCUUCCCAAUGGAGACUGGCCACAGGAGAACAUUGCUGGUGUGUUCAACAAGAGCUGUGCCAUUAGUUACACAUCCUACAGGAAUGUGUUUCCUGUUUGGACCCUGGGCCGUUUCUCACGCCUCUACCCCUUUAGCUCUCUAGCUGGGAAGGUGAAACUUUGAGGCACUCAGGGGUCAACUGUGAGGAGUUCGCAUUGCUUUAGUGUUUCAUGGCCUGCUUUAAUGCCUGAAAAGUGUUCAGUUUUCAUAAAAACUGAUUUGCUGCUAAUAUGAGAUUAGAACUGAAGUAUGUACACUGAUCUCUUAUGAUUGCAGAGAUUAUGUUCCUUGAUUUGGUACUUUUUAUGUAAUUUUGAAUGUCUUUUUUUUGCACAUGUGGAGCUUUGGUAUAAAAGAUGUUUUUGUCAUCUUAAAGACCUGUGGGGUGAGCAGCUGUCCCUGGUCAAUCAGUCAUGUUUUCCUGAAAGUGAACCUCAACCUUUAGAUGCACGCACCUCAUGUACCUGUAGUAUAUUUCUGUUGCUUAACUGAAGAAUCACAUCUGGGAAAGACAUUAUUCCACACCUCAUAUUCUCAUCAUCUACUUUUUUAGAAGUAAAGCUGCAUGGUUUUUGUGUCAAAUUGUAACGUUGAGCA